GUCCUGCUCUUAGCUGGAAUGUAAUAUAAAAUCUGAGAGAGAGAGAGAGAGAAAACCUCAAACAAAUUGAGGUAAGCAAAGUCGUGUGAGUUUGCAGAGAGAGAGAGAGAGAGAGAGAGAAAGCCGGAACUGCUGCGAGAGGCUCUCAAACAGAGGAAACCCUGAGAUAUAGAGAAAGAGAGAACCCAAAUCACCGGUCAAUAUCAUGUCCGAUGGCUGUUUUCCUGAACUACUGUGAUGCAGACACAGGAAAGAGCUUCACAGCCCUUCUGGACAAGGCUCUCACUGAUUGCGGUAUCUCUACCACCUUCUCACUCACACAACAAAAACCACCACCACCACCGAGAGAUACAGAGAAAGCUAUUGGAGAAUGUGAGGUGUUUAUAGCCGUCUUUUCACCCAACUAUGCCUUCUCUGUCUCCUCCCUUGACAACCUCUCUUAUGUACUGAGCUUGCCAAGGAGGAGGACUAUCCUUCCUGUGUUUUAUGAUGUCGAUCCUUACCAUGUCCGCUGGCAAAAUGGACCUUUCGAGAGAGCCUUCGAGGAUCACAAAAAUAAGAAGACGAUGCAGGGGUGGAGAAAUGCUUUGAAAGAAGUUGCCGAUCUUUCUGGUUGGGUAAAUAAGGAUUACAGGGUUGAAGCAAAAUUGGUAAGGAAACUUGUUAAGCAUGUUUCUACAAAUUUGGAGCGCAAAGCACCAAUGCAUAUUGCUGAUCAUCCUGUCGGGCUUGAAUCUCGCAUUGCUGAUGUGAUGGGACUCUUAGACAUUGAUAAUGUUGAAUCUCGGAUAAUUGGGAUCCAUGGAAUGGGUGGCAUUGGUAAGACUACUCUUGCCAAGGCAGUGUAUAAUAAAAUACGUUCAAGCUUCCAAGGCUCCUGUUUCCUCUCAGAUGUUAGAGAGUCUUCAAAAACAAAUAAUGGAGUUGUUGACUUGCAGAAACAACUUCUUAAAGAACUGUUUAAUGAAAGUGAGCCAAGUAUAUAUAAUGUUGAUGGAGGUAUCAACGUUAUUAAGAACAGGAUCGGUUCUAAGAAAGUUCUUGUUAUAAUUGAUGAUGUUGAUAGUGAGAAGCAGCUUGAAAAUUUAGCUAUUAACCGUGAUGGGUAUCACAAAGGGAGUAGGAUCAUCAUCACUGCAAGGGAUGAGCAUGUGUUGAAUGUGAAAAAGAGAGUUGAUGAGUCUCAUAUCUACAAGCUCAAGGAAUUGGAUGGCACAGAAUCUCUUCAACUCUUCUGUUGGUGUGCAUUUGGGAUGGAUGAACCCAAGCAAGAAUAUGCCAACCUCUCCAAGGAUGUGGUAUCCACGGUUGAUGGCCUUCCACUAGCUCUUGAAGUGUUGGGAAGUUUCUUAUUCGACAAGACCCUUGAAGAGUGGGACGAGGCAGUAAAAAAUUUGAAACCAAUAUCUGAAAAGGAUGUCAUACCAACGUUGAAAAUAAGUUUCGAUGAUUUGAAUGAAGAAACAAAACAAGUGUUUCUUGACAUUGCAUGCUUCUUUAUAGGACAAGAUAGAGAUUAUACAAUUAAUAUAUGGAAAGGUUGUGGUUUCCCUCCUUUACUUACCAUAAGGAAAUUACUGCAAAGAUCACUUAUAAAGAUUACUGAUAAGAAUGAGUUGUGGAUGCACGAUCAACUUCGUGAUAUGGGGAGGCGGAUUGUUGAACUGGAAAACUUGGAUGCUCCUGGAGAGAGAAGUAGGUUGUGGUCUGAAGAAGAAGUCAUUGAUGUGUUGAAGAAUAACAAGGGAACUAAAAAAGUUCGAGGCAUAAACAUCUUGGAUACCAUUGAAAUUGAAACUCAAGCAUUUAAAUCAAUGACCAAUCUGAAGCUACUCGACAUUUGUGAUGCAUCUCUUAAUGGGAGUUUCAAAUAUAUUUCAUCAGAAUUAGUUUGGCUACGAUGGCAAGGAUGUCCUUUACAGUACCUUCUCCUUGAUGGCUUUAGCCAUGAGAAGCUUGUUAUCCUUGACUUCUCAUUCAGCGACUUUGUCCUUGACUUGUCAAACAACAACGUGAAGCCGCCUAAUCUAUUUGUACAGCUUUUCCCGAAGUUGCAGAGUCUUCAUCUCAACAAUUGCGACAACCUAGAGGGAAUUCCCGAUUGUUCUCUAUACCCAAACUUGGAGAAGUUGAUGCUCGCCCAGUGUCUAAAACUCAAGGAACUGCCAGAUUCGCUAGGCUCACUAGCAAAACUUAAGGAGUUGGAUGUGGAUCAGUGCCCGAAUCUCAUUAGAUUCCCACCAUCAAUGCGAAGGAUGAGGUCACUACGUUAUUUAAGAAUGGCAAGUGUUGCUAUAGCAACAUUACCUGAUGAUUUUGGGCGUCUUUCUAAUCUGGAAGAGUUGGACAUGAGUUGGUGCAGUAGGUUGAAAGAGCUCCCAAAAAACUUUGGAAGUCUCACAAGUUUAAGGAUUCUCAAAAUUAGAAAUAUCAAUUUGAUUCUAUCUACUUUGUCAGGUUGUUCUUCCUUGGAGGAGUUGGAUGCAAGCGAUUGUAAUUUGGAGGGGUUGAAGCCUGAUGACUUUGAAAAGUUGUCGUCAUUGAAAGUGUUGAAUCUCUUAGAGAUCGAUUUUCAAGGCCUGCCUAUUAGCUUGAGGGGCCUUUCUCAACUAGAAAUAUUGUGUGUACCAAGCUGUAAGCAGCUGGUUGCAAUCCCUGAGCUCCCCACCGGUUUGAAAGCUCUAGAUGCAUCCGGAUGUGAAAGUUUGCAAACAAUUCCCAACCUAUCCCACCUUUCUAAAUUGGAACACCUGAAUAUAAAUGAUUGUGAGCAGCUGGUGGCUGUACCUGAGCUCCCCACUAGUUUAAAUCACCUGGCAACUUGCGGAUGCAAAAGUGUGCGAAAAAUUCUCAACCUAUCUCACCUUUCUAAUCUAGAACGUUUGUAUGUUUCAAACUGUGAGAAGCUAUCAGCUAUCCAGGAUCUUCCCACCAAUUUGAAAAUUUUGAUGGCUUCCAAGUGCAUAUCUUUGGAAACCAUACCCAAACUCUCUCUCAUUUCUAAACUAGAACACCUGGAUGUUUCAAACUGUAAGAAGCUAUCAGCGAUCCAGGAUCUUCCCACCAAUUUAAAAAUUUUGAACGCUUCCGAGUGCGUAUCUUUGGAGCUUAUACCCAACCUCUCUCACCUUUCUAAACUAGAAAAGCUGGAUGUUUCAGACUGUGAGAAGCUAUCAGCUAUCGAGGAUCUUCCCACCACUUUGGAAUUUUUGAAGGCUUCCAACUGCAGAUCUUUGGAAACCAUACCCAAACUCUCUCACCUUUCCAAAUUACAACACCUGGAUGUUUCAGAUUGUGAGAAGUUACUAGCUAUCGAGGAUCUCCCCACCACUUUGAAAAUUUUGAAGGCUUCCAACUGCAGAUCUUUGGAAACCAUACCCAAACUCGCUCACCUUUCUAAACUACAAGACCUGGAUGUUUCAGAUUGUGAGAAGUUACUAGCUAUCGAGGAUCUCCCCACCACUUUGAAAAUUUUGAAGGCUUCCAACUGCAUCCGUUUGGUAAUAAUAUCCAACCUCUCUCACCAUUCUCAACUCGAAGAAUUUGAUUUAAGGAACUGUAAGAGGAUGACUAAGAUACAAGGUGUUGGUGGAUUAAAAUGUUUGAGAAAAUUGUACUUGAGCGGUUGCAGCCCUCACGUUUGGAGAGGUCAAAACCUCGCAAAGGAAAUGUUUACAAGUUUAGUGCAGUUAAGUGUUCCUGGGAGCAAGGUUCCAAAUUGGUUCGCAUGUAAAUGCACGCCAAGAUGCUCCCUGAUUCAAGAUGGGGAAAUGCUUCAACAAGUGUCGUGCGCACUGCCUAGGCCUUCACAUGCAGGCCGUCGUAUCAAAGAAAUAAUGGUGUGCCUUGUUAUUUAUGUCCAUCACAGUAGUUACACUCGCAAUCGCCAUGUGGUUGGCUUAUGGAUCAAGAGGGAAGACGAAACAUUACCUCAAAUUCCAUUACAAAUUUAUCCAGUCACCAACCUGAACCAGAAUGAAAUUUAUUUUUACCGUUUUCGAGAAGGUCAAUAUUAUGGGAAUAGGAAGUUCUGGUUGGAAGAUGGGGAUGAAAUUGAAGUCGAGUAUGACCCGAUCCAAUGCAGGUGUCAAGCUGCAGACGUUGAUGAACCGACAGAAUGUGAGGAUCAAGUUGAAGACAUAGAAGAAUUGAGGGCAUCAUCGUUGAGACUUCCCUGUGUCCGUUUGAAGAAAGUAGGGAUCCAUUUUAUAUAUGAAUCAGAAGAUACCGAGGAUUCUACGGAAGAAAAACUGGCCAACUUCUUCAAUUCAUUGUAGUGCAAAAGAUGAUGAAGUUGCCGCAUGUUUACGAGGAUGUGAGAUGUCGCUUUUCCAUUCUAUUCCCUGUUUGAUUGAGGUAAUGUAGUUGAGAAAUUGACAAGUAAUAUUACUGUGAAACCAAAUCUCGGCUUGAAAGGAUCAC